AUGGAGGUGUUAGCUAUACUUCUUUUGGCUGCUAUUGCCACUGUUAGAACAAACGGCCGAAAACUAAAAAUUCGGCUUCAGGAAGGAAAAAGACACGGUAAGAAUAAAUUGAGUUCAAACAGUUGUUGUUAGAUCCCAGAUUUUUGCAACUUAGCGGAACAGUUGAGCGACUUGAUGGAGAAGACGAUCGUGCAUAUUAUGCCCAUUUAGGCAUAGGGACGCCAAGGCAAGAUGUUCUCGUAAGCUUUGACACCGGAUCUGCGACUCUUUGGACUCCGGCAGCUGGGGCUGUAUUCCCAAACGGAACAAAGUAAUUGUUGUCUCAGAUAAAAACGUACGAAAAUUUUUUUAGAUUCACCUUACCUACCUACAAUCCAUCAAAUUCUUCAACGUCGACCCCGUUAGGCGAGAAGUUUACCAAGCAUUAUGGGUCUGGUGAUGUUAGUGGCGCACUUUAUCGGGACAAAGUAUCUGUAAGUUUAUGCUGCUCUUAUAAAAAAGCGAUUGAAGUAAAAAAGCGAUUGAAGUUUCAUGGGGGAGACGAGGAACUUCCUCUUGUUGACCCAAUUGAUUUUGGUGUCGCCGACGUUUUAAAUGGUCGUUUCAAGACGGGUAUUCUUGGAAUGGCACCAAGAGGUUCAAGACAAGUUGGAAGUAAUCUUUUAGAAGAGCUUAUCAAAGUUUUGGACGAACCAGUUUUCACAACCUUUCUGAAGAAGAGCUACGAUAUUAUUCAGGGAUAUGGUUACUUAACACUAGGAGGACUCGAUGACGAGAAUUGCGCCAAAGAUGCGAUAUAUGUUCCCACAUUGGCCGACGGGAAAUGGGUUGUUGGCGUUGAAAGUGUUAAGUGUGAGUUAAAACUUUUGAAUUAUCGGGUGGCUCCAAAAACUUGCGGCCCGUUAAUCUAACACGUUGUCUAAAUGUCAUCGACAAUAGUCAUUAGCUUUUAGUUACAAGUCAAGGAAAGACAGUCGACCUCACUGUAGGCAAUGGAUUCACGGACUCUGGUAGUUCAGUGAUUAAGGCUCCACAGGACGCUUAUGAAUUGAUGGCAAGAACGUUAAACUUUAAUUCAAAACACAGAACUGUGUAUCUGCCUUGUAACACGUCCUUCUCACUGUCUUUCAAUAUUGGAGGUAAAGAACAUAAAGUUCCUUCCAGCCAAAUUCUGAUCAACAGUCGUACAAAACCAGUUUGCCUACUUGUCUUGCGACCUACCAGCAAGAAAAUGUGGACCCUUGGCCAGCCAUUUUUGCGACAGUUCUGCCUGAUCCAUCGCUUUAAAGACCUGAUUCUUGGAUUUGCUACCGCAAAGUAGCUUCAAGUAUUUACAUAAAGCUUUUUAUUUAUGUUGAUCAGAAAUUACAACAUUUACUCCGAGAACUCCGAAGGGACUGUAGACGCUCGCGGCCGUUCGUCGACCAUUGUAAAUCGUGACGUUACGGCAACAUGUUAUCCCUUCAAAAUGCUGUGAAUUUCGGCGUUCCUGAUGGCCUGACCGCCCUGAUGACCGCAACGCGGAAUAAUCGAGCUUUGAAAACGUGUUAAGCCAGAUGUUUGUCAGAUGCUUAUUAAUGUUGUUUUUAGGAGCCUUUGCGAUCCUACACGCGAAAUUCCAAGUUUCCACUGUAUCUUUAUUUUCAUUUUGAUCGUCCCUCAAACUCCAUGUAAAAAUAACCGCUUUGCGCAAUACACUCUUCAGAUGGCUGCAAAACACACGAAGGAGUUUUUCAUGGAUACUGCGCGUCAAGUGUUUUGCACUGGGUAGCGGAAAUUUGGUAUUGAGUUUUCUUUUUUGGGAAACGUCGGCUUGGACAACAAUUCUUUUGAAGAAACCCAUUAAUAGUAUAAUUUUCUGUGUAUUUCUAGUUGUCUGAUAUUAUAAACGAACUACAGUGAAUUCUAUUUGUCUAGCCGUUCCAAAUAUGAACUUUUUAUUGGUCAUACUCGGCUUGACUCUGCUGGCCAAUCCUUCGCUAAGUUGCCUUGGAGGCACUUGUGGUCUCGGGAUGGGAAUGGGUGGACUGGGAUGCGGAUUGCCAUUCGGAGGUUUCGGCGGGGGCUUUGGCGGCGGCUUUGGUGGCCUGGGUUUAGGAUUCCCUGGCCUAUAUUCUCCAUUUGGACUUGGUGGGUUUGGGGGUUACGGAGGCGGUAAGUGACAUUUCAAGUAUUUCUGAUGGCAUCAAAAUUCUUUGUGUUACGAUAAAGUUCAGAGUUUUCAGGGUUAGGCCUUGGGAUGCCCUUGUGCUGUGGAGGAGUAGGAGGCCUUGGAUACGGUGGACUAGUCGGGAAACGAAGUGUAAAAGAAUCCGAAAUGAAUAUAACAAACACCGCUCCCAGUCGUAUCGUCUUCAAACGAAGGAUACCGUUGGCAAGGCUGCGAACUAUUACGUUUACUACUAAAACUAGGUUAUAA